AUGGGCAGCAAAUACUUGAGAAUUGACAGUCAAGCAAUUAUGAAGGCUGCCGAAACUCUUUAUACAAAGGGUUUUAUUAGUUAUCCUCGUACCGAAACCGACCAGUUCGAUAAUGAGAUUGACUUAAAAAAACUUGUCGAAAAACAAUAUCCAAGCGAAGCAUGGGGUGAAUAUGCAAGAGGUGGUGGCUUCAAACAACCUCGCCGGGGUCGAAACAACGAUAAAGCACAUCCUCCGAUUCAUCCAGUGGCCUUUGUCUCUCCAACAGUGCUUAAUGCAAAUGAGAAAAAGGUAUAUGAGUUUGUAACCCGAAGAUUUUUAGCAUGCUGCUCCGAAGAUGCAAAAGGCGAAGCAACGGACAUUGAGAUCAAAUAUGGAGAUGAACAAUUCCAUACUCGCGGCCUCGUCGUAUCAGAACGAAAUUAUCUGGACGUCUAUGUAUAUGACAAAUGGGAGAGCAGCCAGCCACUACCAACUUUCGUCCUGAAUGAAUCAUUUGAACCGAAGGAAGCAAAUAUCACAGAGGGGAAAACGGUUGCUCCCGGAUAUCUUACCGAGCCGGAGCUCAUUGGGCUUAUGGAUGCGAACGGAAUUGGCACCGACGCUACCAUGGCUGAGCACAUAUCAAAAAUCAAGGCGAGAGAGUAUGUUGCAACUCGGCCUCGCGGGGGUGGUAGAGGUUCGGGAAGCAGAGUGGAUGAAUUUAUCCCUACAAAGCUUGGCGUUGCUCUUGUCGAGGGAUAUGAUAAUGUGGUUGCUGCCUUGCCUGAUUGUCCUAGCCUCACGAAACCGUUUCUUCGCAAAGAAAUGGAACUGCGAAUGAGGGAUAUAUGUUCUGGGACCAAGACGAAAGUGGAGGUAGUGAGACAGAAUGUCGAAAUGUACAGCGAAGUAUUCAUGCAUACGCAGCAGCGAAUUGGGUUACUCAAAGAGGCCUCUCUACGCGCUCCCGAACUCACUUCCAAAACGUAUAAUACGUAA